AAGCAGGGCCAUCAUGACUUGAUCUGCAGUUGUGCUUUACUUUUUCCAGCUUAGCUGUCCUGGAGAGUGACAAGAAGAGAAUGGCAGGCAGACCGGGACUGUCCUGCUAAGAUGGCACUCCUGGCUGAAGGCCUGGACGCCUUAGCUGCAGAUAUCUUGCUUGCUGGUCUGGAGAGUGAGGCCACGCUUUACUUAUAUAUGACAUGUAUGAGAACUCUGAACUGAACUCUUUUCUAUGUAUGCCAGGGUGGUUGGCCGUGACGGAGGGAGAGGAGACUCCCACGGUUCCCAUGGUUUAUAACUCAGCUGAAUAACUCAGUCGCCAUUAUUUAGAGAUAGGGUCUGGUCUUUGUAUAUAAACUCAGGCUGGUUUGGUGGCAUAUUCCUUUAAUACAGUGUACAUGUGAGCAUGAGGGUUCCAGGCUAGCCAGGGCUACAUAGUGAGAACCUGUUUCAAAAAACAACAAAAUCAAAAUCCAGGCCAGCUUUGAACUGUGAUCCUCCUUUCAAAUUCUGGGAUUACAGGUGUGUACCGCCAUCCCAGAGAAUUCUUAACUUUUUAAACCUUCUGUUCAGGAGCUGGGUGUGAUAGUGCUCAUCUUUAAUCCCAGUUUUUGGGAGGCAGAAGCAGAUGCAGGUGAGGAUCUCUGUGGAUUCAAGGUCAGCCUGGUCAGCUUAGUGAGUUCCAGGCCAGCCAGGACAUUGAGGGAACCUGUCUUGGAGUGGGGUUACAGUAUUUUGGUGAGAGUUUAUUUAAUGAUGGUUAAAAUGUUCUUUUGUGCUACCAGAUAAUUGAACCCAGGGCCUCAUGCCUACUGAGGAGUGUUCUAUCAUCAAACUACAGCUCCAGCCUCUCACCCACUGUUUCUUGUCUUAUGGAUUUAUUUUCUAUGCAUGGUGUUUUGUCUCCAAGUAUUUCUUUUCUUUUCUUUUCUUUUUUUUUUUUUUUUUUUUUUUUUGGUUUUUUGAGACAGGGUUUCUCUGUGUAGUCCUGGCUGUCCUGGGACUCACUCUGUAGAUCAGGCUGGCCUUGAACUCAGAAAUCCACCUGCCUCUGCCUCCUGAGUGCUGGGGUUAAAGGCGAGCACCACCACUGCUUGGCUUGUUCACAUGAUUCUUUUAGAGAGGCCACUUUCUAUUAAAUGAUGCUGUGUGACUUACACAUUCACAAGUCUUGAUAUUGAUCCUUGGAGUAGAUACUAUAGUCUGUUGUGUAAAGAAAGAAGAUAUUGGGGGCUGGAGAGAUGGCUCAGUGGUUAAGAGCACUGACUGCUCUUCCAGAGGUCCUGAGUUCAAUUCCUAGCAACCACAUGGUGGCUCACAGCCAUCUGUAAUGAAUGGGAUGCCCUCUUCUGGUUUCAGGUGUGUCUGAAGACAGCUACAGUGUACUCAUAUAAAUAAAAUAAAUAAAUCUUAAAAGGAAGGAAAGAGAGGAGAGAGAGCACGCGAGAGCGCAAGAGCAAGAAAGAAAGGAAGAAAGAAAGAAGCUAUUGGCAAGGCGAGCCAGUCAGAAACUAAAGCUGCAGAGUGGAGAGACAGCAAAAGAAGAGAAGCACCCUGCAUCAGCCCAGUCCACCCCGAGCAGCACCCCUCACGCGUCCCCUAAGCAGAAGUCCAGAGGCUGGUUCCCAUCUGGCUCCUCCACAGCCUUACCUGCUCCGAAUCCUCACACCAUGGAUCCUGGGAGUGGAAAUGAUAGGAACUCAGCAGACAAAUGGAGCCUCUUUGGACCACGACCCCUGCAGAAAUCUGAUUCUGGUUUUGCUAUUCAGGCUUACAAAGGUGCCCCAAGACCCUCUCCUAUGGAGGUGAUGCGUGCCCAGGCCACACGAGUAGGUGAAGAUCCAGCAACUUUCAAACCACCAAAGAUGGAUGUCCCAAUGGUAGAAGGAAAGAAGCAACCACUUCGAACCCAUAAUCUCAAACCCCGUGACCUGAAUGUGCUCACACCCACUGGCUUCUAGAAUGCUCUGUCCAGGGUCUGCAACUUCCCUGGGCUCUGACUUAGGAGUGAUGUGGCUAACUGAGGCCUGAGUGAGUGUGUAGAUUGUCCUUGGGUGAGUGAGAAAAAACACUUUGCAUUGCUUUCAGGUUGGUGGAAAAUGUCAGUGGUGUAGUGUUGAGGACCUCACUAUUUUUUUUUUUAAAUCAUUUAUCCUAGAGAAGGACUCUGAUCCUUGCUUUCCUAGGUAAAUUAUGCUGGAGUGCUUCCAGUACUAAGGCCUCUUGAUUCUUUCCCCUUGAACACUAUGAGCACUGACAAAUCAUGGUAGAGGUGCCCACCAACCAGUUUGCACAGUGGAGGCCACCUGACAUGCAUUAGCCUGGACUUCUCUGAGAGCUGGGCACAGCUUGCAGGACCCUGGCUUUCUAAGCUGAACCACAGAUUGUUCUUCCACCCACCCUCUCUUUUUCUUUUUCUUUCAAGACAGGGAUUCUACGUGUAGCCCUGGCUGACCUAGAAUUAGCUCUGAAGACCAGGCUGACCUUGAACUUACAGAGAUCCACCUCCCUGCCUCCCGAGUGCUGGAGCUAAUGGGGAUCACCACCACAGCCCAGCUCAAGUUCUUUCUCUUGGUUAGUCCAGCACACCACUUUGUUCUCUUGGGCCGUAUCUGCUGUGUCACAGGACAAACACUAGGUCUUAUACAGCCCCCUUUUUUCCCCCUGAAUUUUAACAUGACAUUAAUUUAACUUCUAAUUCAGUAUGAUGCUGGUUUCAUACUGGCAAAUGGUUCCCCACUCUAAUUCCAUUACUGAAGAUUAAGCCCAGGCAGGGACUUGCUCAUUCUAGGCAAGUGCUCUACCACUGAGCGGGAGUCACCCCUACUUCCUGGAUAGUAGGCUUUUUUAGUUGUGUGUUUUGUUUUGAGACAGUGUCUCACUUUGUAGCUGUGGCUAUCCUGGAACUCAAUCAGUAGAUGCCCAGAGAUGAUGUGCCUGCCUCUGCCGUCCAAUGCUGGGAUUGAAGGUGUGCACAGCCACACCAGCUUAAGGUUUUGUUAAAGAAGACGAUAGGUAUGGCUGGAUUAUAUAGUCUUCAGGUUCACAUGAACUUGGCUGUAUUCUGAUAACAUUGAGACCGUUUUCCACCAAGUUAGCCUCAUUUGUUCAGUAACACAUCUUACCGAGGAAAGGAGGCAAGGAAGUGCCCUUUUGUGUCUCCUCAUUGUUCACAGCCUGUUGGUCUCGAACACUCAACAUAUGAUUGCUCGAUCACUUUAGAUAGUAAGUAGGCUAUUUACAUAAUGAGCUAACCUCAGAGAGAAGCCCUGGAGUCUAAGAUUGUUGUAAAAAUUAAUUUAUUUGUGUUAUCUUGUAUUGACAAAUAAAAAUCUUUACUACUUUCUCAAG